UCCACCCACAUCGAGGUGCGAAACGAGCAACCCCUUUUGUCUCCGUCGCUCUUCGUAAGGUUUGGUCCGAGGUCUGUGGAAUCCUCCGGUGGCAUCUCUCCGAUGGCGAAAUUGUUUUGGUUGGAAGCCGUUCUUCCAUUGGGAAUCAUCGCCGGGAUGCUCUGCGUGAUGGGCAACGCGCAAUACUACAUCCACAGAGCCGCUCAUGGGAGGCCGAAGCAUAUCGGUAAUGAUGUUUGGGAUGUGGCGAUGGAGCGGAGGGACAAGAAGAUCGUGGAGCAAUACUCUACGAAUUAGGAAGCAAUCAAACAAGCGGUGGUUACCCAUUGCUGAUAUCUAUUCAAGAAUAAAAAAAAUCUUUGUACUUAUGACCUUCCAUGUUCCAUAUCUCUGUUUUAUAACUUGGGGAUAUUCAGAAGAACCCUCGUCAAAUUUCAAGUGGAGAAAACAUUGGAAAUAAUUUGGAGAUUUGAAUGGUUUUCAAUAUGGUUUGCCACUCCGAGGGGAUGCUGGCAAUCCUGGUCGCUUGGGUAUUUGAUGCCAAGAUUAUAAUUUGAUCCAUCUAGACUAUUAUAUGAUCAAUUUUAUGAGUAUUUGAUGCCAA